AUGGCGGAAGAAGAUACGUUCAACGUCGCUGUGAUCGGUGCUGGCUUUCUCGGUGCCCGCAUCAUUACAGAGAUGCUGCUGCUGGGGAAUAAAGUUGCAGUGUUUGACCAAAACAUUGCGAAGCAGAGAGACCCUCAAACGGCUCUGAACGAAGUCAUUGGUGGUCUUCUCAUGGAAUGUGACAGGCAAGGCCUUUUAGGCCUAGCGGAGAUGGUUCCCCCGAAGGGUGGCAAAUGGACACCCUUUUCGAGUGAGCCACCUCGGCAGGCAAAGGCCUGCUCGUCUGUGGCGGAGGCAUCCAGAAACGCGCAUAUCAUACUGGAAGCAGUGCCUGACAAGCUCGAGAUCAAGACAAAAGUCUUCUCAGAAGCUGUGUCAACCGCGCGUCCUGGUGCAAUUCUCGCCACGAACACUCUGUCCAUCCCGCUGAAGAACAUCCAGCAGGCUGUGGCAUCCGAGAUUGCAGGAGGCUCUCCUCUGCCAGCAGCUUUGCGACCUCGGGUCAUGGGCUUGAGAUUUCUAUCACCAGUGGUGUUCAUUCCAUUUGUAGAGGUUACCUUGUCAGCCGAGCAGGAGAAGGGUGUUGACAAGGAAGACCUAACAUCAAUGCUGCGAAAGUGGGGGAAAGCUUGCUUCAUCUGCGACAUUCAAGGUGCUGUGGACAAUGCCGACCAGGAUAAAAUUGACUUCAUCCGUGUGGCACGCGAGCGGCUCCGGCUUGACACCUCCACAGCGCAGCGGCGACAGGUCGCAGAAGCGAAGCUGCGAGCAGCGAUUCGCAUGGGCCCCGAGGUUGUACGGACGGCUUCUGCGGACCUCUUCACUGAAACCAAGUGCUGCAUUUGUCUUGAUGCGAAGCCCACCGUCCCCUCAAUGCUUUGUGGCCAUGUGGCCUUGUGUGAAGACUGCGCGGGUGUCGUAGAAAGCGGCACCAAGCAAUGCCCUAUGUGUCGUGAACGUUUUGUGCGCCGAAUGUAA